UUUUUUUUUUUUUUUUUUUUUUUGAUAUAGCUCUUUGUCUCAAUAUUGUUUCAAGUCACGAUCAGAAGGUCAAAAGAUAUCCAGAACUGAUAAGCAUGUGGUUUUUUUUUGGUUUUUUUGUUGAGGCUACUUCUUUUUCUGGUUCAUUUCUUCUCCGUCUCCCCUUUCUGUACCUCUCACUGUCAGUUUUCGUCUUAUAAAAUGUCAUCAGCACAACAACGGCUAUUAGAACCUACAUCAGGCAAAAGAAUUGCAUUACCAGUGAGGAUAGAGCCAAAAGUGUUUUUCGCCAAUGAGCGAACUUUCUUAUCGUGGCUCAACUUUACUGUCGUUCUUGGUGGAUUGGCAGUAGGGUUACUCAAUUUUGGUGACCGUAUCAGUCGAAUGUCAGCCGUCCUGUUUACAUUAACAGCUAUGUUUGUGAUGUUGUACGCAUUAUAUACUUUUCAUUGGAGAGCCAAUAAGAUUAGGAGCAGGGAAGCAGCUGCUUACGAUGAUCGAGUAGGUCCAACUGUUUUAUGUAUAUUUCUGAUCAUUGCAGUAGCCUAUAACUUUUAUUUACGUAUGACCCUGAAUCCAGAGCCAUAAUGUCAUCUUUGUAAAACGAUCCUAUCUAUGAAAUCGUUGACUUCUAAACAUAUACAUACCUAAUAAAGCUAUACUCAUAAUUUGUAUAAUGUACAUGCAAAAAGAAAAAGACGUUUGGGAAGAGGAAAUUUAUUUUUUUUCCCUUUCUUUCAUAUUAGAAAGACGUUUUGUGAGGAUAUAUG